AUGACGGGCUUCCUACGUGUUGAAGGGACGAAAAUCGUCAACGAAGAUGGAAAGCCAGUCGUCCUUCGCGGGGCUGCUACCGGAGGUCAUCUCAACAUGGAAAACUUCAUUACAGGAUACGCUGGACACGAGUCGGAGCAAAAGGAGGCCAUGCUGAAGGUGAUGGGUCAGGAGAAAUACGACUUCUUCUGGGACCGAUUCUACGAAUAUUUCUGGACGGACAAGGACUCGGAAUUCUUUGCCUCCUGCAACCUCAACUGCCUCCGUAUCCCAUUCAAUCACCGCCAUUUCAUUGAUGACCGAGACUUGACCAAGAUCAACCCCAACGGCUUUAAGCUUCUCGACCGCAUUGUGGAAAGCUGCGCGCGGUUUGGGAUCUAUACUAUUCUGGAUCUUCACUCUGUUCCUGGUGGCCAGAAUCAGGAUUGGCACUCCGACAGUGGCACUCAUCGCGCCCAGUUCUGGGACUAUGGACAUUUCCAGGAUUCCAUCAUCGACCUAUGGAAGGAGAUUGCAGCACACUACAAGGACAAUCCCUGGAUCGCGGGAUACAAUCCUCUGAACGAGCCCGCAGAUGCCAAACACACCCGCCUCAUCGACUUCUACACCCGAAUUGAAAAGGCCAUCCGCUCAGUCGACAACAAGCACAUCCUAUUCCUGGAUGGAAACACAUAUGCCGCUGAUUUCAACUACUUCCCGGAGACACCCUAUCCCAACUCAGUCUACUCUAUCCACGACUACUCGAAAUACGGAUUCCCCAGCUGCGACGAAAAGUACACUAGCACAGAGACACAACAGGCCAAGCUGCUCGCCUCCUACGAGCGCAAGAUCGCACACAUGAAGCAGGUCGGCGUCCCCGUCUGGAACGGAGAAUGGGGCCCAGUCUACGCCUCCGCGAUGCGAAAUGACACCGACAUCGACGCAACAAAUUCAUCGCGGUACCUCCUCAUGCGCGACCAACUGGCAAUCUACAAAAAGGGUGAUCCCUCAGGCGACGGUGCCCCGAUCUCGUGGUCCAUCUGGCUAUACAAAGAUAUCGGCUACCAGGGGCUGACAUUCGUCUCCCCCGAUUCCAAGUGGUAUCGCCACCUCCGACCCUGGCUGGACAAGAAGCUUUCUCUUGGCCUGGACCGGUGGGGACGAAAUGCCGCGCCGGAGGUUGAGAGCAUUUAUCAGCGUGUGAAGGAUCACUUUAACGAGGUCAUUCCCAAAGAGCAUCACAAGGCGCUUUACCCGCCUACUUGGGGGACGAGCGAUUACGUUGAUCGGGUUCUUCGGGACGUUCUACUCUCUCAGUAUUUGGCGUGGGAGUUUGCGGAUUAUUUCCGGGAUCUUUCGUUUGAGGAGUUGGAUGAGUUGGCGGCUUCGUUUAAGUUUGAGAAUGUGGAGCAUCGGGAGGAGUUGAUUCAGUAUCUUAAGAAUUGGUAG